GGCGGAGCGGCGGGCACCGAGUCACCAGACACGACAGUGGGCUCCGAGUCAACUGGCAUGACCGCUGACACUGGGUCAGACAUUGGAUCGUCUGGCUGGACAGCAGGCAUCGGGUCACCAGGCAUCAGGUCAUUUGGCUCGACAGCGGGCACCGCGUCAUCUGGCAAGGUACGGGCACCAAGUCACCAGGCACGACAGUGGGCUCUGAGUCAAUUGGCACGACAGCGGGCACCGGGUCAUCAGGUACCGGAUUGUCUGGCUCGACAGCGGGCAUCCGGUCACCAGGCAUCAGAUCAUUUGGCUUGCCAGCGGGCACCGCGUCAUCUGGCAAGGCAGUGGGCACCGAGUCACCAGGUACGACAGCGGGCUCUGAGUCAAUUGGCACGACAGCGGGCACCGGAUCAGGUACCGGAUCAUCUGGAUCAACAGCGGGCAUCGAGUCAACUG